AAAAGUCAAGGUGGUCAACAUGGAUAAAACGACUAUAACCGAAAAUAGGGUCGUUGUAGCAAGAUCUUCUAGUACGUUGGAUUCAUAAGUUCCUAGUGAUGCAAAUGUCAGUAAUUUUUCUAUCGAGGAAUGUCAGGUAUUGAUGUCAAGAAGAACUAGUUGUAUCACCAUCUAUUCUGAUAAACCAACAAGAAAUAUCCGUAACCAAUCGGUCAAGCAACUGGCUGCUCUACCGAACAGCGCAUCCGUAUAACGUCGAGAUAAACUACUUCAACACCGCGGGAUGCAAGCCGAAUCCAAAGAGCUGACGGAGAACAAUGAUUUAAGAAUUAGAAGUUCAAGUAUGAGUUUCAGUUCAUCAUUAAAUAUUGUGAUUUGGCAUGUAAAUGAGAAGUAGGACCACGGCAACCACUGUAUCAGGUUUUCUAAGAAAGCUCUUGCUCACAUCCACAAAUUAGUAGUCGCUGUCAUACUCUCUGGCCAUUUUUCAAGAGACACGCGAGACCACGACAGAUUGAAGAAGAUUAUAAUUCACUUGUUGCAUGGCUGAACUUCCUCUUUGUGCUUAUGAGAUCGUGUGACUAUCUCCGAACUGUUGUAUUAAAAAAUUGUAAUAUCCUCGCUAGAAGGAUUAUAUGAUUGUAAACACCAUUGCCAACUUAAUAUUUUCCGAUCUGUAUCAGGACUGCUUGUGUGCGCCUUGCAAUGAUCUCAAUCUCCUUUAUUUUCUUGUUGAUGUAAAAAUAAAUUAGAAAGAUUGACCUGCCGCGAUCUCAACAUUGCGUUGAUUGUGAAAAGAUGAAGGCGCGGUCAUCAUGAAGAAAUUGCAUCUUUUCAAAUUGAGUAAUUCCUUGUUCUAGAUUUUUUGUUUGAUUAAUAACCUCCUAACACAUACUACUGAUUGUAUUUGUUCUUGAUAUAAGGUAAAGGUAGCUAUUACCUAAUUAGCAUUAGCUAGUUCUCGUAAAAAAAUCAAAAGUAGUAACUACAGAAUGGCGAAAACAAGGAACAACAGGAAGGCCCUCGUAACUAGGGUUCUGAUGUGCGGCGCCCUCGCUGUUUUGUGUCCUCUGUGUGAUCUUGGACAUGCCGUGCGACUGCGAGCAAGUACUGGAGCGGGCAGUAUCUAUGGAUCAACACGCUACACCUGUAGUACGUCGUCAUCUCGCUACUAGUAUGCGUCUUGCAUCUAAUUCAUUGCACCUAAUUCAUUGCACCAGUGAAUCAUGUUAGGGGAAUAACCGAUGCAACUCUUCAGUGACGUACUCGAGGCUACUCGUUGGGGUGAGGCGUGCGCGUAUUCCCUCUUCAGCAUUUUGUUGUAUAAUUCACUGAAGUAGGGUAUCAAUUUUCAUACCCGGCUCGGUUUAAGUUCGUUUUGUCCAUGCGUCUCCGGGUUAUUUUUGAAGAGAAUGAUUCGGGGGGAUCCCUAGCGUAAACCUAGGCAACCUUGUUGAGUUUCAAUUUAUUGCAUCUGCUUAAUUAAUUGCAGCAUUUGCGCCGACGACCAGCACAACUGUGUGUGAAACGAGGAGCACCGAGAAGACGAACUACACUGCUGCUCUGUUUUGACGAGUGGGGGUGGGUUUUGUGAGAUGAAUAAAAUUGUAAAGGACGCGAGUUCGUGAAGGUUGCUCUCGUGGAAAGGAGGCACGUGCACGCACCACUGGAACUAACAAGACCCAACAAAUUGGGCGAUAUUUCAACACACCACCGGCUAACUAUUGCCGAAGCGGAUGAGCGUCGUGUUUUAUGCCAGUAGCGUACCACUGUUACUGUUUGUCAGAGGACAAGCCCAGC